AUGCGCUGGGCGCAAGGACAAACGCCAUGGUUCCGCUUCUUGGCUACAGGUGCGGUGCUAUCGCUGGCUCUCAUAGCAUUCCUCAGUUUAAACGGCCACUACUCAACCAAUGCUGCUAAGUAUGUUCUAAAAUCCUCGGAUAAGCAAGCCUCUCUGGAUCCCUGGCCCUCUUGUUCAAAUAACACCAACUGGGAGUUCGACGUUCAGAGGGAUGGAAACGACCAUGGGCUGUCGGAGGGGCAGUGUCGGUCUGCCUUUCCCAAGCUAUUUGUAGAGUUGGACAAACCUGCCGAAUUCAGGAAAAAGAAUCCUAUCACGUUGAAGGAUUUGAAUGAUAUGACGGUGGAUGAUGGGAUGGUUCGAGGAAUGAUUGUACGCGGCGAGUUGUACAUCGUUGAUUUCGGUGCAAUGCCUGCUACAUUUACCCGGGGAAAGGCGACUUUGAACUCUUUACACCGAGCGUUGGCCUCGUUUCCUGGGCGACGGCACCUUCCCAACAUCGAGUUCGUGUUGACCACUGAGGAUUACAGCACUGGGGAGGGUCCAAUGUGGUCCUACUCCAAGCGGGACGAAGAUCAACAUGUUUGGUUGAUGCCGGACUUUGGGUACUGGUCCUGGCCUGAGGUCAGGAUAGGCUCGUACAGGGAUAUCAGACAACGCAUCGCUGCCGUGGACGACGGGGAGCAAACACAAGACGGCCACAACGUCGCGGGCCUUCGAUUCCAAGAUAAAAAGAAACAGCUGGUCUGGCGAGGCAGCGUGGCUACGAAUCCCAAGCUACGUGGUAGAUUGCUAAAGGCAGCUCAGGGUAAGAGUUGGGCGAGCAUACGGGUAAUCGACUGGGACAAUGAGAAUGACAUCCGGUACAACCUUUUGCCCAUGGAGGAGCACUGUCGAUAUAUGUUCCUGGCCCAUGUCGAAGGACGUAGCUUCUCAGGACGUGGCAAGUAUCUCCUCAACUGUCGGUCGGUGGUGGUCUCACACAAGCUGGAAUGGCGAGAGGCUCACCACGCGGCCCUGAUUGCUUCAGGUCCCGAGGCAAAUUACGUCGAGGUCGAGCGUGACUUCUCCGACCUCGAGCGCAAAAUGGAAUUCUUUAUCGAUAACCCGGAGGCAGCGGAGCGCAUUGCAAAUAACGCAGUGCGGACAUUCCGUGAUCGAUACCUUACUCCAGCUGCAGAAUCUUGCUACUGGAGACAUUUGAUACGACAGUAUGCUUCAUCCUGUGACUUUGAGCCGAUUCUGUAUAGCUCCCAAAAAGACGGGAAAAAGCGACCCCGUGGAACUCCGUUCGAGACGUGGAUUCUUACAGGAUCUUAG